AUGCAGUCUAUCUACGAGACAUUUGUAGAGGACGAUGGUUCAGAUGAUGGCAAUGUCGUUCGGGGAAUCGAUCCCGGACUCGGGAAGCUAGACGGUCACGAAGUAUUGAUUUUCGACAUUUCUGGUAUAAACAAGGAACAGAUUAUGCUUGGCGAGCUGCACUUCUACUUGCGGCGCCGCGAUGCGACGAAACAUGGCCGUGCAAGGCAGCUUCGGGCGAAAUCGUUGUGCGUCAACGAGUACUGUACUGAGAAUCAAGAACUUGUAGCGAUAAAGGUGACACCAGAAAAAGUGGUCUGGGAUGCGACCAAACCACUGGCGGAGGCAAACGCAUUGGAUACCUCUCAGUUGGUUGUUAGGAUUUCCCGUCGCGAUAUCAGAAUGCGUCGCUAUGUGGAGCUGGUGAAGAAGUGCUCGCCCAUUUUUAGUGGUUUACUCAAAAGCCGAGAACACCAUCGAUACCGAAGUAAUUCGAAGUCGUGUAGAAGGUACUCGACGUAA